AUUAAAAGAAUAUUAUAUCAUCGUUCAAAUGUAUUUUUAAGUGUUUGUCGUUGUAAUACGUAAAACGAGCUUCCCGGAAAAUCCACACAACAAUUUACAGAUAAUCUGAUAUUUUUUACCCCACCCACGUCUCAAAAUAUGUCAACAAACUAGCGUGGUCCUCAUCAUAACCUUGAAAACGACCUGUCUUCAAGCAAAACAGACUGGUCUCUGACAUAAAGAUGACUGAAUAUUCAUGUAUCAAUUCAUGAAACACACUCUAAAACUAAGAAAAAUGUUUAAAAUCCAAUGAUUAUCCGCAUUUGUUUUGCUAACACAUUUGCCCUUCCAAAUUUCCAUUCAUUAAAUCGCGGCGUAAUUUGGUUACGUUUUCAUGCCCCGCUUAAAAUAAAAGUAUUUUCGUUAUUUUAGAACAUAUGUGCACUUAUUAACUACAUUGAUUACUGUUCAUAAAAGAUUUGCAGUAAAAAACGAGCGAAUAAUAAACUAUAAGAAAAGUUGACAGCUAUAAUUUUGCGUGAGGGGCGCCCUACGGGUAGCGGCGUCAAUAACACCCUUUUCAAAAAAGGAGGUUAUUAAGAAAUAAAUUAAAAUACUAAUAAAACUCCGAAAAUAAGCAUAAAAGAAACAGAAAAUUUGUUUAUUUCAGUGUAAGUUCGUGUUUAAUUUCACUCGUGAUCAUAGAAAAACUAUAUUUUUACUUGUUGCUUCUGAUACGAUGGUAGCAUGAGAUUAUCACGGCAGGUCAGGGCGAUUAUGGCAUAAUUGCCUGGCGAAGACAAAACCGUGCGAUGUUCACAGUUUACCCAUCUGAGGAGGAUGUGUUUUCCUGGACGCAGUACUGCACUGUUGAUCAGACGGAGGUGGUUAUUCUGGGACAGGAUCCCUACCAUGGACCAUUCCAGGCACACGGCCUGUCAUUCAGUGUACUGCCGGGUGCGCCUAUUCCGCAACGCUUGAAGAACAUAUUCAAGGAGCUGGGGGAAGAAUAUCCGGCUACUACGAUAUUUCAACAACCUUCCCACGGCUACCUGAAGGGUUGGGCAGAACAAGGUGUGUUGAUGCUGAAUUCAGUACUGACAGUUCGAGGGGGGUUCGCAGAGUCUCACAAAGGCCAGGGCUGGGAGCAGUUCACAGACGCCGUGCUAGCGUACCUUAACAACAUCAAGAACGGGCUAGUCUUUGUUCUGUCGGGAGCGGAUGCUCAGAAGAAGUGGCGGCUCUUUGAUAACGAAAGGCACCUUGUCCUGACGAGCUCCCAUCCCUCCACGCAAUCUGCCUAUAAGGGAUUUUCAACGUGUCGGCAUUUUUCACAGAUUAAUGCGUAUCUGCAGGCAAAUGGGAAAUAAAACUGGUCAUACCUGCCCCCUUUUGCAUAGACUUGAUAUAUACAGACUUGGACUUGAGACUUAACAUUAACCAGUCCAUUCCAUGUUGGCUUAGCCUAUCCGCUGUGUAAGACUUUCAACUGAAAGGUAUUCAUUAUGUUGCCUUUGACCGGGUGACAUAUUGUAAAAGCCGCAUAUGCAUUGAAGAUUGUUCAUAUUAUGUAUCUUUUUCUGUGUACUGCAUGACUAUAUCACUGACUUUAAGAAUGUGUAGGCUAUGGCAAAAAAAGGAUCUUAAACUUGUCAGUUUUGUUUUUUAGAGAAAAAUAGUGGAGAAAAACAAUGGAGUAUUGUCAAAGCCAUGGUAUAAGGGAUGGGUGCAUUUUUUCUUUAAACCUUGGUUAUCAAGAAAAGAUGGACAAUAACACUGGCUUUGAUAAUAGUCGAAUUGUUCUACUUUAAUAAAUACUUUGGAUGAAGUCUUUAUCCACUGAAGUAACAACAGACGAGCACGGUCAACUACAGUAGUACUCUUGCUCUUGUUUUGGCUCGUCUGGUUGAUCACAAAAUGUUGGUGUAAUCCUAAUCUGGAAUGACUGCUUAAUAUUUCCAGUAGGCAAGUUUAUUGUAAAGUUUGACAAAUUGGAAUGACGUGCAUAUUCUCAAAAACGUUAUUUAUAUUAUGUUUUUUUAUCGUAAAAGAAAUGUAUUUACUUAUGACCUAUGUUUUUUCUGUAUUUACAUCUGUUGGCCAUGACUAUUGAGUAGACUUUACUACAGAGUGUUGUAUAUGUUUUAGGUUAUGAAUGUUGUAACAUUGAAUGCCGAAUAAACAAAAUGUUAUGUUAUAGUAGGGAUUGAAAUCGAUCUAAAAUCAUUAUAGAUCAAAGAAAAUUAUCAAUCAAGCUUUUUCGAUUAAUUUGAGAUUAUGUUAUCUAAACAAUAAAUGUACAGGAAUGUUAACUUCUUGCUAUAUUGGAGUACUGUUUCAAUGAUCUUGUUUAGUUUAUAAGCUGAAUUGAAAAUUAUUAAUACUGUUCAUCAACAAUAUUUAUUUCGAGAUAAGCCAUAUAGGGAUGAUCUUAAUUGAGAUUAUGCAAUCAAUUAUCAACAACCUGUAUCAUAGCAAUCAAUUAUCAACAACCUGUAUCAGAACAAUCAAUUAUCAACAACCUAGAAAAUUUAUUUUGACUUAAGCAUAUAAACAGCUCAUCGUCACAUUACACAACAUACACAAUACGCAUACACAUACAAAUAAACAAUAAAUAGAUGAAUAAAUGCAUGAAUCAUUAUUCAAUUUCUAUAUAUAGUGAUAGAGAAAACAACAACAACAACAGCUUUCAUCUCGCCUAUAAAUACCUGUGAGAGUGUUCACUCUCUACUCUCCAUAGAGGAACGUUUAGGCAAAUGUUAGGCAAUGGUACUUUUAAAGAAUACAGUGGUUUGAUAACGGUGCUAAAUAGUUAUAAGUGCAAAGAUAACAGUACAAAAACAACUAAUCUUAAGACAAAACACAUGGAAGGAUAUAAAGGAUAUAAAUAUUUCUAGAAAAAGCAUAUAUGUAUUAAAACAUAAUCAUUUCUUUCUUUUAAAUCAACACCCUGUAUCAUAACAAUCAAUUAUCAACAACCUGUAUCAUAACAAUCAAUUAUCAACAACCUGUAUCAUAACAAUCAAUUAUCAACAACCUGUAUCAUAACAAUCAAUUAUAAACAACCUGUAUCAUAACAAUCAAUUAUAAACAACCUGUAUCAUAACAAUAAAUUAUCAACAAUACUUAUAUACUAUACUGUAUUACAAUACAAUACUCAAUCAUCGGUUUUUCCUUGAUCCAUGCUUAUGUACAUAACACACUUUCAUUUCAGCCUUAUGUUCUUUGUAACUGAUAUUGACAUUGUUGAAAAUUUUAGAAUUUUGUAUUGUUUGUAAUAUAUCUUAAUCUUUU